CGCCCACCCCCAGGGCUUACCUGGACGCAGGUUAGGCAGGUGAAGCGCCUCCCCGGAAACGGAGCUGGAGUGCCCCACCUGCCUGGCCUUGCCUGCUCUGAUCGGAUCCAGCACUUCCAAGCUUCUUGAGCCAGCGGUGACAGCUGAGGCCAUGUGAGUCGGAUCCUGAAUGAGGCUUUAUCUCUGCUCUUGGUCCCAUCAUCCACUGUGGCACCAACUCCUUCGGCGGCAGCCGGGAUGGGACAGGCAACUGAGAGAGCCAGAGAGGUGAUGGUGACCACACCCUGGACUGGGAGAGGAACAGGACUCUGGGCCUCUAGCUGCCAAGCAGGUGGUGGGGGCUCUAGGCCAUGACCCGCACCCUCUAGCCCCCGACACCGCCCUCUGCCCUGCCCCCCGCCAUGUCUGAAGGAGAGGCUCCAGCCCCGCUGGGCCGGGGGCUGCCCCCAGACAUGCUGGCAGAGCAGGUAGAGCUGUGGUGGUCCCAGCAGCCGCGGCGCUCGGCGCUCUGCUUCGCCGUGGCCGUGGUCCUCGUGGCAGGCUGUGGGGCGGGUGGCGUGGCACUGCUGUCCUCCACCAGCAGCCGCUCGGGCGAGUGGCGGCUGGCGACGGGCACCGUGCUCUGCCUGCUGGCGCUGCUGGUCCUGGUCAAGCAGCUGAUGAGCUCGGCCGUGCAGGACAUGAACUGCGUCCGCCAGCCCCACCACGUGGCCCUGCUGCGGAGCGGGGGAGGGGCCGACGCGCUCGUGGUGCUGCUCAGCGGCCUGGUGGUGCUGGUCACCGGCCUGACUCUGGCCGGGCUGGCUGCCGCCCCUGCCCCUGCCCGGCCACUGGCUGCCAUGCUGUCCGUGGGCAUCGGCCUGGCCGCCUCGGGCUCACUUUUGCUGCUGGGCUUGCUGCUAUAUCAGGUGGGCGUGAGUGGACACUGCCCCCCUCUCCAUGCGGCCGCCCCCUCCACCCACAGUGGCCACGGCAGCAUCUUCAGCGUCUCGGGACAGCUGUCGGCCGGCCAGCGUCACGAGACCACAUCGAGCAUCGCCAGCCUCAUCUGACCAAGCCCGAGGUCCCCUUUCCGCCACCUGCCUCAGCAGCCACAGAGCUGUGCCAGGGUGGGAGCGUGUGUGAGUGGGAGUGUGCU